AUGUGGACCCUGGACAGGAAGAGUGUCCUUGGGGAUGAAUAUUCUCCCAACAGAGAUGACACCUUGACUGAGAAGCCUGACCUCCCCUUCUGGGCCCUCAUCCUCAUCUGCUUGGCGGGCCUCCUGGUGCUCAUCACAGGCCUGAUCUGCUGUCUCCUGGUUGCAAUGCAGGCAGGGAUUAACUUGGGGACAGCUGUGUCAAGAGGAUUGUAUCAACCAGCAACAAUCUUUAUGGGCCGCCAAAUGUCAGCCAUCUCAAGCACUGGAGAUGUUAGUACAGAGCGGAAAUCUCCCCAACCCACGAAGAACUUCAGAACAAUUCCUGACCCAUGUUCACAGCAACAGACAGCCCAGAGCAGUGAUGUGACAGACAGCUAUGUAGUCUGCACUAAUAGUGGCACACAGUGCUUAAAUAAGUCUGACAAAAUAGAUGGAAGGACAUCUCUUCAGAUUGAUGAGAAAAUGCCAGUCACAGCCAGCCCAUUGUCUGAGGAGGAAGAGACUCAUUGCUUGGAGAUAGGAAGCAACUCACAUCACGGCAAGAGUAAUUUAUCUGAAAGCAGAAAGUCUGCUGAACUCCAUUCCCUGUUACGGGGAAGAUUACGUCCAGGGAGCAGAACCACUGAUUUAAAGUGUGACAGUUCCAGCAGAUCAGGGGCAUCAGAGGGAGAUAUACUGACACGGGAACAUAUUGAAGUCAAGGAAGACAGUGCCAGACUACCAGACGCUCCGAUAUCAGUCUCAGAAUACUGUGCAUCUGAAAGUAAGUGUUCUCAAGAGAAGCAUUCUGCUCAGGAAGGUUUCUCAGAUCAUCCUCCUCACGGGGACCCCGAGGCACAGAAGCCCUUCAGGAAAAUGCAGCAACAGCAGGAAGAGGAAGGUCUGAGCAGCAGCAGUGACCUCACAGUUGCCGUAAGUGAAGAUGAUCUGAUUUUAGAGAGUCCAGAACCACAGCCAGAUCCCAGUGACAAGAUGGAGGGAGAAGAUGGAAUAGAGGCCUUAAAAUUAAUCCACUCUGAGCAAGAAAGAGGUGCCCUAUCCACCGAAAAACAUAAUUGUAUUUUGCAAACUCUAAGCUCUUCUGAUUCAAAAAAGGAAUCCUCCGCUAACUCACCAACAAGAGAGCUCUAUAAUCACAGUGACAUUCUGAAAGAAGACCUUGAAGUCUGUGGAACAGCUGUCCUUCACCAGCCUCCGAGACUCUUACCUGGAGGUGGCAGCCAUGAAAAGCAAGUCAGAUUUCUAAUGUGUCUCCUAUCUCUGCGUUAUGGAUCUGAACAAGCGUCAGCCUCAGGCUUGUUGAGGGCACAGUUGGGUCAGCACAUGGCCACCUUGAAAGAACGUGAUAAUUCUAUCACAGAAGAGGUAGCUAAGAAGUCUGAAGUUUUCCUAGUCACAAACGUGGACCAGAGGACAGGGGUUACAGCGUUAUUGAAAAAAGCCCCUACAGAAGAGUGUGACGAUAGUUCGGCCGUUCACAGUAAUGAAUCAUCUUGCAGCUUGCCAUCUAUUCUGAAUGACAGUAGUGGAAUAAAGGAAGCUGAACCCACUCUAUGGCUCAACAGUGUUCUUACAAGGGAACAAGACGUUUCAAGUGGCUGCGGAGACGAGAGCAAGGAAGAGAGCGUGGCAGCAAAGAUUCCAAUCACAGAAACAAAAGCCUACCAGUUGCUGAAGUGGUCUACCCUUCAGGAUAAUACAACUCAAACUGAAGACAGGUUCCAAAAGGCAGAUGCUUCUGCAUCACAACUGUCAGGUUUGAAUACUGGCAGCGGUACAUUCAAGACAAAGACAACUAACAAAAUCGCUUCGGAAGCUAGUUUUUCAUCUAGUGAAGGAAGUCGUUUGUCAAGGUAAAGUCGUGAAAGCCUGU